AUGGAUAUACAAACAUUCCAAGGGUUUUCAAAAGGAAGAUUGGAUCAAGUUCUACAAAGCUUGAGUCCAUUCAAAAGGAAGCAUCAUGUCUUCUUCGGUACAACGAGUCAGGAGUUGGCGCUUCCAAUAGAAAUAAUGAACAACCAAGUAGAGAUCCAAUUAAUUCCAGCCGAAGAUGUGCGGAGGGAUCUCUCAGAAAUGAAGCCAAAAGUCGCUAGAACGAUGAAAUGGAUUCAUAUCAGAGCAAUCCAGUUGGUAAUCAAGUCAUCACUUUCACCAGGGACAGAUACACAAUUUGAUGUUACAAUUUGUGACAAGAGGAUUACAAAUCCAAGAGAUGCAAUGCAGGGAGCCUUCUCAGGUAAUCUCUACGCCAAGAAGAUUGUAACCGAAUUAUACCCACAAAUUGCUUAUAAUCAUCAAGAUUCAGCCUUCAGUCGAGCCCUGACACUUUACCAGGACUACAAGAGGAAGGAUCUAUUGACAGGAGGAAAUAGGCCGUACUCGAUUACAUAUCAAGUAUCAUAUGCCUUAUCAAAUUCCCACCACACGGAUUUAUUUCUGGGGAAGAAUUUUAUUGAAGUCCCAGAAGUAUUCAAAGAAGUAGCCAAGACAAUUAGCCCUGACUGA